CCCGCCCCACUUCUCAUUCACUUGGCUCGCACGGCGCAGACGGCGCAGGGAGCACACACCGCCAGUCUGUGCGCAGAGCCGGAGCCAGAGGCCGCGGGGACACCAUGCACGCCCCCAACUGAAGCCGCACCUCAAAGCCGCAACUCCUCGCAGCCCAGCGGAUUUCAGGGAGCUCUGCCUCAGAGGAACCCUUGAGGAGGGACCCUCCAGAAGCCCCUUCCAGGACAGUCCUCACAAGACGCUCUGCCACUGCAGACAGGAGCGCACAGUGGCCCCGGCUCGCCGCGCCAUGGAGCGAAUCCCCAGCGCGCAACCGCCCCCUGCUUGCCUCCCCAAAGCGCCAGGACUGGAGCCCGGAGACCUACCAGGGAUGGAUUUUGCCCACAUGUACCAAGUGUACAAGUCGAGGCGGGGAAUAAAGCGGAGCGAAGACAGCAAGGAGACCUACAAACUGCCGCACCGGCUCAUCGAGAAAAAGAGACGUGACCGGAUUAACGAGUGCAUCGCCCAGCUGAAGGAUCUCCUCCCCGAACAUCUCAAACUUACAACUCUGGGCCACUUGGAAAAAGCAGUGGUUCUUGAACUUACCUUGAAGCAUGUGAAAGCGCUAACAAACCUAAUUGAUCAACAGCAGCAGAAAAUCAUUGCCCUGCAGAGCGGUCUGCAAGCUGGUGAUUUGUCGGGGAGAAGUGUCGAAGCCGGUCAAGAGAUGUUCUGCUCAGGCUUCGAGACGUGUGCCCGGGAGGUGCUUCAGUACCUGGCCAAGCACGAGAACACCCGGGACCUGAAGUCUUCGCAGCUGGUCACCCACCUCCACCGUGUGGUCUCCGAGCUCCUGCAGGGCGGUGCCUCCAGGAAGCCGUUAGACCCAGCUCCCAAAGUGAUGGACUUCAAGGAGAAUCCCGGCUCCCUGGCCAAAGGCUCUGAAGGCCCAGGCAAAAACUGUGUGCCCGUCAUCCAGCGGACUUUCGCUCACUCAAGCGGGGAGCAGAGUGGCAGCGACACGGACACAGACAGCGGCUACGGAGGAGAAUCCGAGAAGAGUGAGCUGCGCGUCGAGCAGCCGUACUUCAAAAGCGAUCAUGGACGCAGGUUCAUGGGAGACAGGAUCGGUGCUAUUAAGCAAGAAUCAGAAGAACCCCCCACCAAGAAGAGCCGAAUGCAGCUCUCAGAUGAUGAAGGCCAUUUCCCGAGCAGUGACCUGAUCAGCUCCCCGUUCCUGGGCCCACACCCUCACCAGCCUCCCUUCUGCCUGCCCUUCUAUCUGAUCCCGCCCUCGGCCACCGCCUACUUGCCCAUGCUGGAGAAGUGCUGGUACCCCACCUCCGUGCCCGUGCUGUACCCGGGCCUCAACGCUUCCGCUGCAGCCCUCACCAGCUUCAUGAACCCCGACAAGAUCUCAGCCCCCUUGCUCAUGCCGCAGAGACUCCCUUCACCCUUGCCACCCCAUCCGGCCAUCGACUCUUCCGCCCUGCUCCAAGCUCUGAAGCAGAUUCCCCCUUUAAACUUAGAAACCAAAGACUAAACUCUUCAGGGGAUCCUGCUGCUUUGCUUUCCUUCCUCCUUACUUCCAAAAAAAAAAAAAAAUGUGUUUGUGAGUGUAGCAAGAUUGUUC